CAGCGCUUCACAUCGGAGACGACCACCACCGAGCCGAAGCCUCCGAACCCUAGGACUAGCCAUGGCGAAGAACCGGAACAAGAAGAGCAAGAAGUGCGGCGGCGGCGGGGUCGCUGCCAUGGACACCUCCGAGGGCGCCCCGGCGGCCUCCACCGCCGUGGGCGCACCAGAACCCAUGGAUACGUCGGAGGGGAAGCAGACGUCUUCAGUAUCGGUUGCGCUCACUUCGAUUAACAAGAAAAUUAAAAAGGGAGUGCAAAUUAAAAGGUCUCAAAACGUGAGGAAAAUGAAAGCUGUUGCCAGGGCCAUUUCAAAAAAUGAAAAGGCUGAGGAGAAGGUCCUGAAAGCCAAAAGCAAGAAGUCAAGGGUCCAAUCUGCUAAGUCUCUGUAUGACUAAAGGUUCAGUGGGUUUAACCCAAUUUUGUGUUCCUAUAUAUCUCCAUCCUUCAGAGCAACCAAAUCUAUGUGUUUUAUAAUACAAGCUUUGCCUACAAAUAUUGUGAUGUGUGGUAAUAGUAGAAUAGUAGGAUUGGUUGGUUUUGUACUAUCACGUUCUUUGAUAUUGAUCAUCCAAUAGCAACCAACCCACUCUACAUUUUGUCGUAUAAUAGCAAAUAUUCUGUUCCCCUCUAUACUAUUUUCAGCAUUAAUGUGUGUUCAUUUUGAGCCCUA